AUCCAGGAUGCCUUCCGUUGGGUCCUGGCUUCUCAGCACGGCGUUGGCGUCUCUGGCCAGCGCCACCGGCCUCAAUGACAGCCUGGUCGCGCAGCAGAUCGACACCCGUCCGUUCCCCUACGAUUUCCCAAAGCUGGGGGUCAAUGGGUCGGACCUCUUCCCCAUGCGCCGCUGCCAGGGCUUCCAGCUCGAGGAGGCCAGCAUCGACGCGAUCCAGGCCGAAUUAGGCUCCGGUCGUCUGACCGGCGUGCAGCUGCUCCAGUGUUAUCUGGAGCGCAUCUACCAGGUGCAGCCGUACACCAAUGCGGUCCUGCAGUUCAACCCCGACGCACUGGCCAUCGCGGAGGGCUUGGACGCGGAGCGCCAGGAGGGUUUCGUGCGGGGCCCGCUGCACGGCAUUCCCUUCCUGGUGAAGGACAACAUCGCCAGCAAGGACAAGAUGGAGACGACGGCGGGCAGCUGGGCGCUGGUGGGCUCGGUGGUGCCGCGGGACUCGCACGUGGUGCACCGUCUGCGCGAGGCCGGGGCGGUGCUGCUGGGCAAGGCGACGCUCAGCGAGUGGGCGGAUAUGCGCUCCAACGACUACUCGGAGGGCUACUCGGGUCGCGGUGGCCAGUGUCGCAACCCGUACAACUUCACCGUCAACCCCGGGGGCAGCAGCUCCGGGUCCGGCGUGGCGGUCACCAGCAACCAGGUCCCGUUCGCCCUGGGCACCGAGACCGACGGGAGUGUGAUCAACCCGGCGGAGCGGUGCAACGUCGUGGGCAUCAAGCCCACCGUGGGCCUGACCUCCCGGGCGGGCGUCAUCCCCGAGUCGCUGCACCAGGACACGGUCGGCACGUUCGGCAAGACGGUCCGGGAUGCCACGUAUGCCCUGGAUGCCAUCUACGGCGUGGACCCGCGCGACAACGAGACCGCCGCGCAGCUGGGCAAGACGCCCGCGGGCGGCUACGCGCAGUUCCUGACGGACAAGUCGGCCCUCCAGGGGGCGGUCUUCGGGCUGCCGUGGCUGUCGUUCUGGCAGUACAACGACGCCGCGCAGAACGCGCAGCUGAUGGAGCUCCUCGCCCUCAUCGAGUCGGCGGGGGCGACGAUCAUCAACGGCACGGAGCUGCCGUACUACAAGGAGAUCGUCGACCCGGCGGGCUGGAACUGGGACUACGGCACCGAGCGCGGGUAUCCCAACGAGUCGGAGUACACGUACGUCAAGGUGGACUUCUACAACAACAUCCGGGAUUACCUGGCGGAGCUGGGCAACACGAACAUGCGGUCGCUGGAGGACAUCGUGCAGUACAACAUCGACAACGCGGGCAGCGAGGGCGGCAUCCCCGGGGUGAACCCGGCGUUCGCGUCGGGCCAGGACGGGUUCCUGGCGUCGCUGGCCACCCAGGGCAUCAUGAACGAGACGUACUGGCAGGCGCUGGAGUACUGCCGGCGCACCAGCCGGGAGGAGGGCAUCGACGCGGCGCUGCACUACCAGGGCCGCAACCUGACGGCGCUGCUGGCGCCGCCGGACUUUGCGCCGUCCUACGAGAUCGCGGCGCAGGCGGGCUACCCGGUGGUGACGCUGCCGGCGGGGAUCAACCAGGGGUCGAAGAUGCCGUACGGGCUGGCGCUGAUGGGCACGGCGUUCUCGGAGGCGACCCUGAUCCGGUACGCCAGCGCGAUCGAGGACCUGCAGGUCUCGUCGCACACGCGGUGGCAGCGCAGUCUGGCGACGUGGAGUGGGUAUCUAGACCGGAACAUUCCUGUCAAUUAAGGCUGUGAUCUGCCUCGGUCCUGCACACAUGCCCUGUCACUGUAUUGUAGCUGCC